GUCAGUGCUUGCUUAAUUUGCAGUGUAGGUGGCAGACCUAGGCCUCCUCGUUUAGCAGCACCGUCUGAGCAACCAUGCAGUGCCUCCAGAAGCAGGCGCAGCGCUGUGGCGCGAAGAAUGCUCAGGCUUGCCCGAUCAAGGCUAGCGGCGUGCGCUCCAGCCGGCGCGCCGUUAAGGCGCUGGCCGUUGCUGCUGCUCCUGCUAAGAAGGCCCAGGCCUCCGACGUAAACGCCGUUGGUCUGAAGGACGUGCCUCUGCGGUCGCUGUUCCCUGAUGAGCCCAAGCCACCCGCCCCGGGCGCCCCCAAGCUCAAGGUGGCGAUUGUGGGCGGUGGCCUGGCGGGUCUGUCCACGGCCGUGGAGCUGCUGGACCAGGGGUAUGAGGUGGACAUCUACGAGGGCCGCCAGUGGAUUGGUGGUAAGGUGGCCUCCUUCGUGGACAAGGACGGCAACCACAUUGAGAUGGGCCUGCACGUGUUCUUCGGCUGCUACUUCAACCUUUUCCGCCUGAUGGCCAAGUGCGGCGUGCUGGAGAACCUGCUGGUCAAGGAGCACACACACACGUUCUGCAACAACGACGGCGACGUGCGCGAGCUGGACUUCCGCUUCUACAUCAACGAGAUGAAGGUCGGCGCCCCCCUGCACGGCCUGAAGGCGUUCUUCACCACGCCCCAGCUGGAGCCUGUGGACAAGCUGGCCAACAGCCUGGCGCUGGGCACCUCGCCCAUCGUGCGCUCGCUGGUGGACCCCGAGGGCGGCAUGCGCGACAUCCGCGCCCUGGACGGCAUCUCGUUCACCGAGUGGUUCACCAGCCACGGCGGCUCCAUGAACUCCAUCAAGCGCAUGUGGGACCCCAUUGCCUACGCGCUGGGCUUCCUGGACUGCGACCACAUCAGCGCGCGCUGCAUGCUGACCAUCUUCCAGUUCUUCGCCACCAAGACCGACGCCUCCGUGCUGCGUAUGCUCAACGGCUCGCCCGCCGAGCGCCUGCUGGCACCCAUCGCCGAUUACAUCAAGGCCAAGGGUGGCCGCAUCCACACCCGCUCGGGCUGCAAGGAGGUGAUGUACGAGUCGGGCGCCGACGGCAAGGUGACGCGCGUCACCGGGCUCAAGGUGGGCUCGGCCGGCCGCGACCGGGUGGUGACGGCGGACGCCUACGUGGCGGCGCUGGACGUGCCCGGCAUCAAGAAGUUCCUGCCCGCGCCCUGGCGCCAGUACAAGGAGUUCGACAACAUCUACAAGCUAGUGGGCGUGCCCGUCAUCACCGUGCAGCUGCGCUACGACGGCUGGGUGACCGAGAUGCAGACGGACUCUCCCCGCGUGCGCGACCUGCGCUCCCCCGCCGGCCUGGACAACCUGCUGUACAGCGCCGACACCUACUUCAGCUGCUUCGCCGACCUGGCGCUCACCUCGCCCGUGGAGUACUUCAAGGAGGGGACGGGAUCGCUCAUGCAGUGCGUCAUCACGCCUGCCGCGCCGUACAUGCCCUGGACGAACGAGGCCAUCGCCGCCGAGACCGACAAGCAGGUCCGGCAGCUAUUCCCCAGCGCCCGCGGCCUCAAGUGCACGUGGCACAGCGUGGUGAAGAUCGCGCAGUCGCUGUACGAGGAGGCGCCCGGCAUGGACGUGUACCGGCCCGACCAGGUCACGCCCAUCCCCAACUUUUUCCUUGCGGGCUCCUACACCAAGCAGGACUACAUUGACUCCAUGGAGGGUGCCACCCUGUCCGGCCGCCAGUGCGCCUACUCCAUCCUCAACGCCACGCCCGGCAUCCAGAAGUCCCUCACCACCGCGGCGCGGCCACUGGCUGGCGCCAGUGCGUAGAGGGCCCGCUGCUGCUUCCACGGGUGAUGAUAUGGGUAAUCUCGGUGUUGUGGAGGUUUGAGUGAGGGAGCAUCCUCCCGGUUAUGUCCUGGCGGACGCAGGGUGCUAGAUGUGAGGUUGUAGGCUACGGUGGACAACUGGACAUAGUCGGGCAAGACCAAUUUGAGUACCGAGACAUAGAUGACAAUGGGGCAUGUGUGCAACCAGAGAGCUGGGGAGUUCCGAGCAUGUGCCUGCUACAUACCGUAGUGUAGUGAGGCAACGGGCAUGGUGGUCAGAGAGGUCAGUGGUCAUAACCAAGUGCACUGUGUGAUCAUGUUGAUGACUUGGUGUAUGCGAUGAAUGCUGGCAACUGCGUGUUGCAUGCGUCCCGUGGACAAUUUUGUGAUGAUGCUGGCCUCGUGGUGUGUGCGGAGGGCGGCGGCGGCGGUUCGUGUGUGACGCGGAUGUCGGGCACCCGGAGCCCUACUGUCAUGUUGGCGCGACCAGGGCACCUUGUUUUACGGCAAACUUGUUUGCGCUGCCGCAAACUGAGCGUGAGUGUGGAGUUAUGAAUGCGGAUGUUACAGAGGGGACAGUCCCAGCACCCGAAGACGCCGAGCCAUCACAUGCUAUGAAGCAAGCGAUGGUGUCGGACAUGUCGAGAGACGGAACGGGGCCCGUUAGUGGCACGUGUGUUUGUAGGGCCACAGAAGCUGCCACAGAGGUGCUCCAGCGCGCGCUUUGCUGGGGCGCGGAAACACAGAGAAGCGCAUGAGAGUUUUGUGACAACGGGGUUCGAGCUUUACACCUGCUUGAUUGUACCUGAUCUCAAAAGCAGUG